AAUUUCUCGCUUCCAUAGCUAACUCCUUGGAAAGCCUCUCUCUCUCUCUCUCACACAUUUUUCUCCGUCUUCUCUGUGUUCUUGUUCUUCUCCGACAUCAUCAGCUACCGUCUUCAGUGUUGUUGUCUGUAAACUUUGAAAUUGAAAGUUUCACCGGAAUUAUCCUGUAUAUACCACCUAUGUACGUUCGUCGGUGAUCCAAGUGUUUCUUCUUGAUUCUUAUUCUGAUUCUAGAGAUCUGUGUUUCGUGUUUCAUCCUUUCUCGUUCUUUCGUCAAGAAAUUCUCAAGUGCCAGAAAAAAUGAAGCGGAUAAGAGAUGAUGUGUAUGCCUCUGGGUCUCAAUUCAAACGACCUUUGGGUUCUUCCCGGGGCGAAUCGUUUGGACAAUCUCACAUCCCAACUGCUGCUGCUGCUGCUGCAGGAGGAGGAGGAGGAGGAGGAGGAGGAGGAGGAGGAGGGGGGGACGUUGGGGAUGGGGGAGGUAGCGCUCAGAAAUUGACAACGAAUGAUGCGUUGACAUACCUGAAGGAAGUGAAGGAGAUGUUUCAGGAUCAAAGGGAGAAAUAUGAUACGUUUCUUGAGGUUAUGAAAGACUUUAAGGCUCAAAGGACCGACACAGCUGGUGUGAUUGCACGGGUGAAGGAGUUGUUCAAGGGACAUAACAAUUUAAUAUAUGGAUUUAAUACCUUUUUACCUAGGGGAUAUGAAAUAACACUUGCCGAAGACGAAGUUCUGCCAAAGAAGACUGUUGAAUUUGAAGAAGCCAUAACCUUUGUGAAUAAAAUCAAGAGGCGGUUCCAACACGAUGAUCAUGUCUAUAAAUCCUUCUUGGAUAUCUUGAACAUGUACCGGAAGGAGAACAAGGAUAUCAACGAGGUCUACAAUGAGGUUUCUACUCUUUUUGAAGACCACCCGGAUUUGCUUGAAGAGUUUACUAGGUUUUUGCCAGAGUCCUUGGCAUUCCACUCAGUACAAAUUCCCCAGUUUAGCCGGGAUCAGGCACAACCCUCUAAUGAUCGGGGAUCAGGUCCUCCUCCUGUGCGUCAAAUACAAACGGAGAAGGAACGUCGACGAGAAAGAGCUGUUGCUUCCCGGGGUGACCGUGAUCAUAGUGUUGAUCGUUCUGACCCUAAUGAUGAUAAGGUGACGGUGAAGAUGCAUAGAGAGCAGAGGAAACGUGUUGAAAAGGAUAAUAGAGAAAGGAGAAAUCGGGAUUUGGAUGAUAGAGAGACACAGCAAGAUAAUUUACAACACUUUUCAGAGAAAAGGAAGUCAUCCAGAAGAACUGAAGGUUUUGAGGCCUACUCUGGUCAUGCUUCAUAUUCUGAGAAAGAUAAUUUGAAAAGCAUGUACAACCAAGCAUUCGUCUUUUGCGAGAAAGUCAAAGAGAGAUUAUGCAGUCAAGAUGAUUACCAGACCUUUUUGAAGUGCCUCAAUAUCUUUAGCAAUGGGAUAAUCCAAAGGAAGGAUCUGCAGAGUUUGGUUUCUGAUCUCCUUGGAAAAUACCCCGAUCUCAUGGAUGAGUUCAAUCAAUUCUUUGAGCGUUGUGAGAGUAUCGAUGGGUUCCAGCACCUUGCUGGUGUUAUGAGCAAAAAAUCGUUUAGCAAUGAAGAACAUCUAUCCAUGUCAAUGAAGGUGGAGGAAAAAGAAAGAGAACACAAGCGUGAUUCAGAGGCUGGUAAAGAAAAGGAGCGUUACAGGGAGAAGUAUAUGGGAAAAUCUAUUCAAGAGCUUGAUCUAUCUGAUUGUGAACGUUGCACUCCAAGCUACCGACUCCUGCCUCCAGAUUAUCCAAUACCAUCUGUCAGCCAAAGAUCAGAGCUGGGAGCUGAGGUUUUGAAUGAUCACUGGGUUUCUGUCACGUCAGGAAGCGAAGAUUACUCUUUCAAGCACAUGCGGAGAAACCAGUAUGAAGAAAGCUUGUUCAGAUGUGAAGAUGAUAGAUUUGAGUUGGACAUGUUGUUGGAAUCUGUGGGGUCUACUGCUAAACGUGCAGAGGAUUUGUUGAACACCAUCACUGAGAACAAAAUAAGUUUUGAUGGUUCCUUCCGGAUGGAAGACUACUUCACUGCCCUGAAUUUGAGGUGCAUAGAGAGACUUUACGGCGAUCAUGGUCUUGACGUGAUAGACAUAUUACGCAAGAAUCCAGCUGCUGCACUUCCUGUUAUUUUAACUCGACUUAAGCAGAAACAAGAUGAGUGGACAAAAUGUCGUGAAGACUUUAAUAAGGUCUGGGCAGAUGUUUAUGAUAAAAACCAUUACAAAUCCCUUGACCACCGCAGCUUCUAUUUCAAGCAGCAGGAUUCAAAGAACUUGAGCAUGAAAUCUUUGGUGUCUGAAAUUAAGGAGCUGAAAGAGAGGUCUCAGUUGGAGGAUGAUAUUCUCCUAUCAAUUUCUGCUGUUUACAGACAACCCAUAAUUUCACACCUUGAAUAUGAAUUCUCUGACGGAAGUAUUCAUGAAGACCUGUACAAACUGGUCCAAUUUUCAUGUGAAGAGAUAUGUUCUACAAAAGAGCAGCUUAGUAAGGUUCUGAGGCUCUGGACAAACUUCCUGGAGCCAAUGCUGGGUGCUCCUCCCAGGUCGAAGAGCACAGAAUCUGUUGAAGAUGUUGCAAAAGCCAAGCAUCCCGAUGUGAAUCACAGUCCAUCCGCCAAUGGGGAAGCAAAUAUUAGCUCUAGAGCUGAUCCAGCAGGGUUGGGUUCGAGACAACUAAAAUUUGCUGUUAAUGGAGACGAGUAUGCCUCAUCUGGGGCUUCCAAACAUGGCGGGAUUGGUUUGGGAUGUAGGGAUUCCUCAGGGAAAGAAACUCAUAAAGAUGUCGAUGCUGCCACUAAGGAUGAUGCUACCUGCCCUGAUGUUAAACCUCAGAAAGACCAAGAGAUCAUAAACGAGUCUGAUAAAAGAUCAGGAAGCGGAGAUAUGGAAGUUGAUGAAAGAGUAGCCACUUCAAAUGCACCAUCUUCAAGUGGGGUAGAAAACACUAAUGGUAAACUAGGAAGCGGAGAUAUGGAAGGUUCUCUUGGUAUUCAACCAAGACCAAAUGACUUCACCAAGAUACAUCAUGGGGUAGAUAACACAGAUAUUGAACGUUCAACUCAGGGUGGAGACGUUGGCAAAUCAAUGGUUUUAGCAAAUGGAAUAUUAUCGGAUGCUUCUAAAGUCGAUAGGAAUUAUAAUGAAUUUAUUGGCCCAUCCAAAGUUGAGAAGGAAGAAGGUGAAUUGUCACCUAAUGGUGAUUUCGAGGACAAUUUUGGUGUUUAUGGAGAUCUAGGUGUGAAGUCCACCCCCAUAGAGCAGUCAGCUGAGGCUGAAGGAGAAAAUGAUGAAGAUGCUGAUGACGUGGAUAGUGACAAUGCUUCUGAGGCUGGUGAGGUUGCAUCAGGAACAGAAUCUGGUGGUGAUGAAUGCUCACAGGACGAGAAUGGAGGGGAGGAAGAUGGUGGACAUGAUGAAGUUGAUGGUAAGGCUGAGAGUGAAGGAGAAGCGGAGGGAAUGGACUCACAUCUUGCAGAAGGAGAUGGUGGUUUGCUUCCAUUGUCAGAACGCGUUCUUUUGUCUGUCAAACCUCUUUCCAAGCAUGUAGCUUCGAUAUUGCUCGAUGAGAGAAAAAAAGAUUCAAGGGUUUUCUAUGGGAAUGACGACUUUUAUGUGCUUUUGAGGCUUCACCAGAUCCUGUAUGAGAGAAUUUCGUCAGCUAAAACGAAAUGCGCCGGCUGUGAGAUGAAAUGGAAAAAUUCGAAGGAUUCCAGCUCACCUGAUCCUUAUGCAAGAUUUUUGAGUGCACUGUAUAGUUUGCUUGAUGGAUCAGCUGAUAAUACCAAGUUUGAAGAUGAAUGCAGAGCUAUUCUCGGAAAUCAAUCAUAUGUGUUAUUCACGUUGGACAAACUGGUUUACAAAUUGGUUAAACAGCUCCAAGCUGUCGUAGCUGAUGACAUGGACAAUAAGCUUCUUCAGUUGCAUGAAUACGAGAAGCUCCGGAAACCUGGAAAGCUUGUGGACUCAGUCUAUUACGAAAAUGCCCGGGUUCUUCUUCAUGAAGAAAAUAUUUACCGGUUGGAAUGUUCAUCAUUGCCACCUCGUCUGUCCAUCCAGCUUAUGGACAACAUAAUUGAAAAGCCAGAGGCAUAUGCAGUUUCUAUGGAUCCCGCUUUUGCCAGCUAUAUGCAAAAUGAGUUCCUCUCUGUUUCAUCCGGGAAAAAGGAACAACGUGACAUUGUGUUGCGAAGAAACAAGAACAGAUAUGCUGGUGUGGAUGAUCUUUCUGCGUUUUGCGAGGCCAUGGAUGGUGCUGAAGUCAUAAAUGGCCUCGAGUGCAAGAUCUCAUGCUCUUCAUACAAGAUUUCGUAUGUAUUGGACACGGAAGAUUUCUUCCACAGGAGGAAAAAGAGGCGAAACUCGCCUCAGGGGAAUGACCGGGAUAGAGUGGAAAGAUUCCACAGGUUCCUCACAGCCUCAAGAUGACAAACAAAAGCUCCAUUUGUCGGGGGGGUUUCCUCUCUUGUUUCACACACAACAAAGGUAACUCUCUCAGUGCUUCUCAGUCUCACUUGCCUUGAGACAGGCAGAUAUACAGCUGGGUAAAGUGUAUGUGUACGUCUUGUAUUGGUCUGAGGUUAAAAUGUUACGUGUGUACGUAAGAGGUGGUUUGUAAAUAUUUAGAGGGCACAUCAUAAUAGACAGAACAGGAGUAGGUUUGUUCUUGUUCUUAUACAUGUUUGGUCCUUGUUAUUUUCUUUUGAGAAAUUGUAUAAAAUAUUAUAUUAUUAUUAUCAAGGAUGGAACUUUCUGAUUUUAA